GGGAUGGAACCUGGGCCGCCUGCAUUGGGAGCGUGGAGUCUCACCCACUGGACUACCAGGGAAGUCCUGGGAACAGUUUUUGACUUAAUUUAAAUGCUGGCUCCGGCUUUGUUUAGGAGAAAAAAAGAUGAAAAGUGGGAGAAAGACGUAGAACCACUGAUGCCAGGUUGGCUGCUGAGGCCAUCCUGGUUUGAAUUUGCCCUAGUACUAUAAUUAUUCAUGGGAAGAAAAGCACAGCAAUGGAAUAUUUUUUUUUGCUAUUUUUAAAAAAUUUAUUGAAGUAUAGUUGAUUCACAAUGUUUCAGGUGUACAGCACAGUGAUUCACUUAUAUAUAUAUAUCUUUUUUUAAGAUCCUUUCCCAUUAUAGGUUAUUACAAGAUAUUGAAUAUAGUUUCCUGUGCUAUAUAGUAGAUCCUUGUUGUUUAUCUAUUUUAUAUGUAGUAAUGGGUAUCUGUUAAUCCCAAGUUCCCAAUUUAUCCCUCCCCCGCCCCCAGCAAUGGAAUUUAAAGGUGAUAGACCCAGAGCCAGAAGAACCAGCUAAAUAGGUUGAAACAGAACUAAGGACAGAGGGAAAGUCAGCCAAGAAUAGUGAGGCAAAUAAGGAAGUCCUCAGCAGCCAGCCUGGCAUCCCUGGUUCUAAAUCUCUUUCCCACUUUUCAUGGUUUGGGCUGUUUUGGCAAAAAUGAAAAUACUAAGAAAGAGCCCUAGGCUGCCAAGUCCACCAAGCUUUGGCCGGUUCCUUCUGUAAAGGGAAGGAACAUGAUACCAGAGGGAGAAUUGGGCAGAUAUUUCUUUUGUUUGGAAUGUGACCCUCAUCUGAUAUCCACUAAAGGGACUCUAUGGGAGAGGGCAUGAAGAGACAACUGAAAUGAAGGAGCUCUUCAGUCAAAAAGCCAAGUAACCUUGUGGACCGAUAGAGCUUCCUGAGGAACCAUUGCUGAAAUGUACUGAACAUAUUAGUGACAAAGGAGCUCUUUUCCUUGCAUUAGAAAAUGGCCGCCCAGGAGAAAGCCCCUGACGAGAGGAUUUCCCAGUUUGAUUAUGCUUUGCUCCCGGAGCUGUCUGGUCUUCUAGGCAUAGAUGUGCUUCAAUAUGUAAAGGAAAUAGAAAAAGAGGAGCAGAAAGAACGAGAAAAAAUGCAAAAAGGCUUUAAUUCUCAAAUGCGUAGUGAAGCAAAAAGGUUAAAGACUUUUGUGACCUAUGACGACUACAGUGCAUGGACACCCCAGGAGAUGGCAGCGGCUGGGUUUUAUUUCACUGACAUAAAAUCUGGGGUUCAGUGCUUCUGCUGUAGCUUAAUCCUCUUUGGUACCAGCCUCCAGAGACACCCCAUGGAAGACCAUAAGAAGUUCCAUCCAGAUUGUGAGUUCCUUUUGGGCAAAGAUGUUGGUAACAUUGCCAAAUAUGAUAUAAGAGUAAAGAAUCCAGAGAACAAGUUGAGGAGGGACGACAAAGCAAGAUACCAAGAAGAGAAGGCCAGACUCAAGUCCUACCAGAAAUGGCCAUUUUAUGCCCAAGGGACAGCCCCAAGGGAGCUCUCAGCUGCUGGCUUUGUCUUUACAGGUAAACGUGACACUGUACAGUGCUUUUCCUGUGGUGGCUGUUUAGGAAAUUGGGAAGAUGAUGAUGACCCCUGGAAGGAACAUGCCAAGUGGUUCCCCAAAUGUGAAUUUCUUCAAAGUAAGAAAUCCUCAGAGGAAAUUACCCGGUACAUUCAAAGCUACAAGGGAUUUGUUGGCGUCACGGGAGAACAUUUUGUGAAUUCGUGGGUCAGGAGAGAUUUACCUAUGGCUUCAGUGUGUUGCAAUGGCAGCAUCUUUGCUAAUGAAGAACUCCGACUGGACUCUUUCAAGAACUGGCCCCAGGCAUCCCCUGUGGGAGCUGCAGCUCUGGCCAAAGCAGGUUUUUUCUACAUGGGUAAAAGCGACUUCGUCCAGUGUUUUUCCUGUGGAGGAUAUUUGUAUAAGUUUGAGGAAGGUGAUGACCCAUUAGAAGAACACACCAAAUAUUUUCCCAAUUGUCAGUUUCUCCACAAUAUGAAGUGCUCUGCAGAAGUGAUUCCAGACCUUCAGAGCCAUGGUGAACUUUCUGACUUAACGGAAACUACAAGUGAAAGCAAUCUUGAAGAGUCAGCAGUGAGUUCUGUAGUGCCAGAGGUGGCCCAUGGUGAAGCCCAGUGGCUUCAGGAGGCAAAAAGUCUGAGUGAGCGCCUGAGAAAAGCCUACACCAGUGCCCCUUUCUGCCACAUGUCUUUGCUUGAGGUCUCUUCCUGUCUAGCCACCGAUCAGCUGCUGAAUUGUGAUCUGUCCCUUGCUUCAAAACACAUCACCAAUACUGUGCAGGAGCCUGUGGUGUUGCCUGAGGUCUUUGCUAACUUGAACUCCGUCAUGUGUGUGGAGGGUGAAGCUGGUAGUGGAAAGACGGUCCUCCUGAAGACAGUAGCUCUUCUAUGGGCAUCAGGAUGCUGUCCCUUGUUACACAGGUUCCAGUUGGUUUUCUACGUCUCUCUUGGCUCUACCAGACUGGACCAGGGGCUGGCCAAUGUCAUUUGUGACCAACUCCUAGAGACAGAAGGAUCUGUUACUGAAAUGGGCCUGUGGAACAUCAUCCAGCAGUUAAAGAACCAGGUGUUAUUCCUUUUGGAUGACUACAAAGAGAUGUGCUCAAUCCCUCAAAGCAUAGAGAGGAUGAUUCAAAGAAACCAUUUGUCAAGGACCUGCUUAUUGAUUGCUGUCCAUACAAACAGGGCUAAGGACAUCCGCCGACACCUAGAUACAAUUCUAGAGAUCAAAGCGUUUCCCUUCUGUAAUACCCUCUAUAUAUUACGGAAGCUCUUUCCAGAUGAUUUGACCCGUCUGCGAAAGUUUAUGGUUGACUUUAGAAUUAAUGAAACAUGGCUGGGAAUUCAGAAAACUCCCUUCUUCGUAGCAGCAGUCUGUGCUAAUUGGCUUCGGUAUCCUUUUUGUCAGUCCUUUGAUGAUGUGGCUGUUUUCAAGUCCUAUAUAGAAUGCCUUUUCUUAAGGCACAAAACUGCAGCUGACCUUCUCAAAGCAACUGUGUCCUCCUGUGGUGAGCUGGCCUUGAAAGGUUUUUUUUCAUCUUGCUUUGAGUUUAGUGAUGAUGAUCUCCUAGAAGUAGGGAUUGGUGAAGAUGAAGAUCUAGCCAUGUACCUGAUGAGCAAAUUCACAGCCCAGAGACUGAGGCCAGUCUAUCAGUUUUUGAAUGCUUCAUUCCAAGAAUUUCUUGCUGGGAUGAGGCUGACUGAACUCCUGGAUUCAGAUAGGCAAGAGGAUCAAGAUUCGGGACUUCAUUAUUUGAAACAAAUUAACUCAGCCAUGAUGGCUAUAGGUCCCUAUGCAAAUUUUUUGAACUAUGUCUCUUGCCACUCUUCAACAAAGGCAGGGCCAACAAUUGUAUCCCAAUUGCUUCUUUUGGUGGAUAAUCAAGAGACACUGGAGAAUAUAUCUGAAAAUGAUGACUACCUGAAGCAUCAUCCAGAGAUUUCAGAGCAAAUGCAGUGUCUCCGGUUGUUGUGGCAACACUCUCCAGAAAAUUACCUUUCACUGGUUUCAAAACAUUUACUGGCUCUGGCUGUAAAAACUGCUUAUCGAAGCAACAGUGUUGCUGCCUGUUCUCCAUUCAUUUUGCAGUUCCUUCAAGGGAGAACCCUGUCUUUGAGUGUACUUAAGUUACAGUAUUUUUUUGACCACCCAGAAAGCCUGUUAUUGUUGGGGAGAGUCCAGGUCUCCAUAAGAGGAAAUAGCUUACGCAAAACAGAUUUUUCAUUACUGGAAAAAAUUUUCGACAAAUCCCAGGCACCAACCAUAGAUCAGGACUAUGCUUCUGCCUUUGAACUUGCGAGUGAAUGGAAGCAGAAUUUAGUUGAAAAAGAGGAAACCGUGAACAGUUUUCUGAACAUGCAACUCAAGGCACCAGCAGAUAUCAGCACUGGCUACUGGAACCUUUCUCCAAAGCAGUACAAGAUUCCCCUUCUGGAAGUUCAUGUGACUGGUACUGAUGCUGUGGAUCAGGAGAUGCUAAGGUUUCUAACGAAAGUUUUCUCAGCUUCACAGCACAUUGAACUCCACUUGACCAGGAGCACGGGUUUUAUUGAAAGCAUCAGCCCAGCUCUUGAGCAGUAUAAGGCCUCGUUCACCAAGUGCUCCGUAAGCCAAUCUGAGCUGAGUGCAGUAGAACAGGAAUUGCUUCUCACUCUGCCUUCCCUAGAAUCUCUUGAAGUCUCAAAGACAACCCAUCUACAAGAUCAACUCUUUCUUAGUUUGGACAAGUUCUUGUGCUUGAAAGAACUGUCUGUGAAUCUGGAUGAUAAACGAGAUGUUUUUUCAGUCAUUCCUGAAGAAUUCCUAAAUCUCCACCAUAUGGAGAAAUUAUUGAUCCAAAUUUUAGCUGAAUACGGUCCUUCCAAACUAGUCAAAUUAAUUCAGAAUUCUCCAAACCUUCGUGUUUUCCAUCUGCAAUGUAAUUUCUUUUCGGAUCUUGAGUCUCUCAUGACUGUACUUGCUUCCUGCAAGAAACUUGAAGAAAUUAAGCUUACUGGACCAUUUUUUAAAGCCGCCCCAUUUGUCAUUGUUUUACCAAAUUUUAUUUCUCUGAAGAUAUUAAAUCUUGAGCACCAAUAUAUUCCUGAUAAGGAAACAGCUGAAAAAUUUGCCUACACUUUAGGUUCUCUAAAUAACCUGGAAGAAUUGAUCCUUCCUACUGGGGAUGGGAUUCAUCAAGUGGCCAAACUGAUCAUCCAGCAAUGUCAGCAUCUUCAAUAUCUCCGCAUUCUCUCAUUUUUCCAGACUUUGGAUGAUGACAGCGUGGUGGAAAUUGCCAAGGUAGCAAUCAAUGGAGGUUUCCAGAAACUCAAGAAUCUUAAUCUUUCAAUCAACCACAAGAUUACAGAGGAAGGAUACAGAAACUUCUUUCAAACACUGGACAACAUGCCCAACUUGCAAGAGUUAACAAUUUCCAGGCAUUUCAAAGAAUGUAUCAAAGCUCAGGCCAUAACAGUCAAGUCUUUGAGUCAAUGUGUGUUACGACUGCCAAGACUCACUAGACUUAACAUGUUAAGUUGGCUCCUGGAUGCAGAAGACAUCACACUGCUUAAUGCCGUGAUAGAAAGGCAUCCUCUAUCUAAACACUUCACUCUUCACUGGAAAUGGGUACUGCCAUUCUCUCCAAUCAUUCAGAAAUAGAAGAUUUAGCUAAAAACUGCUAAAUCAAGAAAAUUUUUGUCAACAAUUUAAAAAACCUAAUUAUCCAAAAACUUAUUAAAUACUGUAUACAAAAGAAUAAAAUGCAUGGCAUGUAAUAAAAAAACCAAACACCUGCUUACCCAUUAGUGAGCUUAAGAAACAGUUUAUGACCAGUAACUCUGAUGUCCCUAAUGAUCCUCCCCAACCGAAGAUCAGACCUUUAAUCAAGUUUACGCAUCUAACUCUUCAUUACCCAGGGUCAGCAUCAGGCUUUCAGGCUAACUAUGGUAAACAGUAACAAAGCCACAGAGAAGGGGGUAGGGAGAGGUGUACCAAUCUAUCUUAAAGCCACAAUAUGAAAGGAGUAUUCAAGUUAUUAGAAAAUGGCUAACUUAAGGACUGAAUCACUUUCACACAUAGGUGAAACAAGAGAUAUUCCUUAAUCCUUGUAGGGUCUGUUUUGUACAUUUAAUUAACUUUGGUAUAGUAAGGUUUACUUAUACCUUCCCUUUACCAACUGUGUUGGAUAUGAAGAAAUAGGAUUUAGGGAAAAUGCUUGUAUUCUAGAGGCUUUUGAUUCAAUGCUUAUUGUAACAGCAAAAAAGUGUAGAAUAGAAUUUAGCAUUAUUGGAAAUUAGCUAAAUCUGUGUUUUCAAGAAUCUUGAGUAUCAGUGUUUUUUUAGAUAACCACAUGUUUAAGAGUCCAACAUAUGCAUUUAUAAUGGCCUUAAAAUUUUCUUAUGAAUCCACUUUGCUCAGGGAGAACAUAUUUUGUCAGUGACUUCAUAAUGUUCAAGGUAUUACAUUUGAUGUGACUGUCUACAUCUGUGCCUGUGUCCAAAAUUUCAUUCCUACCAGUUAAUCAACGGAGUUUCCUGAAUGGUUAGAAGGCCAAUCCAAAUUCAUAAUGCUAGUAUAAGUUGGAAAACCACCAUUCUUUUACCUUAAUUUUCAUUUUUACCAUGAAACACAGGGACGGUAUAUAUGGUAUGAUUCCAUUUGUUUAAAAACUAUACUCUCAUGUUUCUAGAUGCAUUAAGAAUUUCUGGAAGAAUACACAAGGAAAUGUUAACAGUGGUAACUAUUUAAGUGGGUAGAAAGGGGACAGGAAGGUAUUAUUUUUUACUUUCGUCCUUUUUGUACUGCUUUCUGUUUUACAAGUAGCUGUUUUUAUUUUUAUAUUUAAAAUAAAGCAUAAAACUAGUUUAGCAUUACAACAUUAAUAGUUGCUCUGGAGGGUGAGAUUACUAGAAGGUAAUCUAGGAGAUGGAUUAUCUUCUUGUCUGAUUUUGUAUCUAAUGCUUUUCUAAUCAGAAAGGUUUUACGUUUUGUAUCAGAGUCCAAUCAGGAGAUAGAAACCACACAGUAAUUUGGGGGCAAGUUUACUAUAAAGAGUUAUUCACUGUAACAGGAAACUGGAGUAAUGAGGAUUGAUUAUGAAACUGAGAACUCUAAGCAGGUACAGGAAAGAGCUUAUGGCUCUUCAUGCUAGGCUGAGAGACAGCACCCAAAGAAAGUACCCCAGGGCUGAGAUCUAGACUUUGACAGAGAAGGCACAGCCAUGGACAACAGAGAGGUUGGCUUAAUUAAAGAGGUGCAGCCCAAGAAGGUAUAAGCUUGGAGCACUUUGCUUAGAAAGUGUUUUGGGGGUGCCAGGGAAAGCCAUCCACGUGGGGCUGCUGAGUGCUGCUGGCCACUGCUGAAGGCAGGCACUGCACAAGGCUGCAGAAACCAUGUGCUGCAGGUGUCUGCUAGAGAGGCACACUGGACACAAGAAAAGUAGUCCCUUGCCCCUCCUGUGUCUCACCAGCGCCCUCUACUGACGAAGCUUUACACUGUACCUGCUGACAAGGGAGGGGUAGUUACAGGGUCCAGAUUCAUUACUGCAGAGUAGGCAGUGAAGGCUGGAUUUGGAUAUGAAGGCAAUAACGUCAUAAGUGGUACAAGUAUUACAUUUCAUAGUUCAAACCUCAAGGAAAAUGAAUCUAGUUAAAUUUAAGAUUGACUGAGAGCAUAUAUGUACAUGCAUGUUCAUACAUAGAAAACUUCUUAACUAAGAAACUGUAAAUGAUGAUAGAUUCCAGGGAGGGGAGCAGGAUAGCUAGUGGACAUGGUAGGGAGGUUUACUUUAUCCUGCAUAUAAUCAUCUGAAUUCUGUACCGUAUACAUGUACUAUUAAAAAUACUUAAAAAAAUAACAGAACUCCAUGCAAAUUAUUUGUCCAGAGCUUCUGCCAAGGGCUUCUAGUAUAAAGCAGGGGGCAGUGGGAAUUCCCUGGUGGUCCAGAGUUUAGGUCUCUGCACUUUCACUGCUGAGGGCCUGGGUUCAAUCCCUGGUCUGGGAACUAAGAUCCCAUAAGCCAUGUGGCAUGCCCCCCCCCCAAAAAAAGCAGGGGGCAGCAAAGUAUGACCACAGCCUAUAAGCUAAGCAUGUUUUUUUUUUACAUUUUUAGAGGCCCACAAAGCUGAACUAAUUUACCCUGGCCCUUUACAGAGAAUGGAUUAUUUCUGGAUCAUAAGGUCACUAUGCCCUUUAUUCCAGUAUACAUCAAUUUCCACAGGACUCCUAGGUCAUCCCUCAUUGCCCUGACACUCAUCCUUAUGUUUCAAAACUUCUCCCUUUCUGUUCACAUAUCCCAACCUUCUCCAACUCCCUAAAUCCUUCCCCUGUGCUCACAUGAGUAACAUCUCCCAUAUCCUUUACCUCUUUUCUAAACAUUCUCUUCACCUUCUUGUUCUAAUCCCAUAUUUUUUAAACCCUUUUUUCACCAUGACCCACAGUAAGAAAUCUUACAUUAAAAAAUUUACACAUACACAUAUAUACAACCAAGAUUCACAAAAAAUUCUAAAGUUAUGUCAAAUAUAAUUUCACUAAUACCCAAAUAUAACAAAAAUUCAGAAAUACAAAGAUUCUUGAAAGAGUUGUUUACAUGUGCUGUCUUCAUCUGUUCUUUUCCAUUCUCUACCACCUCCUCCAUUGCACCAAAACAGCCCUUAUGAGGGUCACUGCUAAAUUCAACAAAUACUUCUUUGUCCUCAUCCUAUGUGACUUGCUAGCAGCAUCUGACCUAUUGGUAGCUCUGAUAUGGCCCAGCACUCCUCGAAACACUUUCUCCAUUUGGCUUCCAGGGCAUCACUCUGGGUUUCCUCCUAAUUGAGAGCUCCAUCUCAGUCUCUUUUACUGCUUCUCGCAUCAGAUCUCUAAACAUUGGGAGUACCCCAGAGUUCUCCUCUGACAUCUCUAUUUAUAUGCACUUCCUCGGCUAUCUCAUCCUGAUGAGCGGCUUUAAAUUCUAGGUCUAUGCUAACUUCUAAAAUUUCAUCUUUAUCCCAGGUCUCUCCUUUGAACACUUUACUCAUAUCCAACUCCUCAGACUACACAGGUCCAAACCCAACUCCUCCUUCCUUUCUACACAAGUACUCUUUAUGCAGACUUCUCCAUCUCAUUACUUUAUAUAAGCAUAUUUAUUUUUGGCUGUGUUGGGUCUUCAUUGCAGUGUGUGGGCUUCUCAUUGUGGUGGCCUCUCUUGUUGCGGAGCACAGGCUCUAGGCAUGCAGGCUUAGUAGUUGUGGCUCACGGGCUUAGUGGCUCCAUGGCAUGUGGGAUCUUCCCGGACCAGGGCUCGAACCUGUGUCCCCUGCAUUGGCAGGUGGAUUCUUAACUACUGCGCCACCAGGGAAGUCCCCAUCUCAUUACUUUAUUCUCCCACUUGCUCAGGCCAAAAACCUUGGGGGUCAUUCUUGACUCCUUUCUUUCAUACUCCACAUGGAACCUACUGGCAAAUCCUGAGCUCCACUUGGAAAACACACUCAGAUCCAAGCCCUACUCGGCCUGCUCUCUCUCCCUUGAAACUUAUGGUUUAUUUGCAACAAAGCAGUCAGAAGCCUCUUUUUUGUUUAAAUUAUUAUUUUGGGGGGCCACGCUGCUCAGCAUGUGGGAUCUUAGUUCCCCGACUAGGGAUCAAACCCGUGCUCCCUGCAGUGGAAGCCCAGAGUCCUAACCACUGGACCCCCAGGGAAUUCCCCCCAGAAGCCUCUUUUUAUGCAUCCGAUCAUGCAACACCUUUGGUUCAAAACGUUCCAAUGGAUUCCCAAGAAACGCUGAAGACCUUGCAAUGGCCUACAUAUGACCUUAAUCUCUCCUCCUUGCUCAUUUCCACUCCAGCCAAGCUGGUUUCUUUGCUGUUCCCUGAACAUGCUAAACACACUCUUGUCUUAGGACCUUUGCACCUGUCAUUUUCUUUGCUUGGGAGGUUCUUCACUUAUGUGAAUGGCUCUCAUUUUCUGCAGAUCUCUGCUCAAAUGUCACCUCAAUUAGGAGUUCCCUGUUCUUUUUUUAAAAAGCAUCCCUGCUUCCAAUCCCACUCUGCCAGCUCCCUUUCCUGUUUCCCUUUUCUCUGCGACAUGAAUCACUACAUGCCACCUUAUAAAUUUCACUUGUUUACUAGCUAGUUCCCACCACUCUAGGCAGGAACUUUCAUCUGUUUUGUUCCCAAGCACCUAGAACAGUGCCUAACACAAAGGUGAAUAAAUAUUUGCUGAAAUGAAUGACUUUCCUGAACCUACAACUACUCUCCAACUGUAUUAGGUAAAAUAUUAAGGGAGGUAACAUCCAAAAACCUUAGAAAGCAAAUAAGCUACCUUCAUAACUAAAUUUAACCUGGCAUAUUUUAGGCAAUUAAUAUAAAAUAUUAGCUAAUUGUCAUGAAAAAUGAUAAAACUCUACUUACCUGUACAAAAAAGCUUAAUCCAUAGAACAUUCCAUUCUGCGAAGCUUACUUACCAGGCACUUGAAUAUUCACUUAUUUACUCAAAAAAUACUGGGCAGCUACUAAUAUGCUAGGCACAUGCAGUUUACCCAAGCAAAACCUCUGAAAGAAAUAACACUUACAUAUUAGCAUCUUCUCCCACAGCUAAAUGGACUAGGGAGAAUCUCAGGCAUGUGAACACCAAUCCUUUAGACUAAACUAAAACAGUACUAUGUUCUACCUCUCCAGAGAAUCUGAACCGAGAGACACAGAUAUAGUCAAAUGGAUGGUAGAUGGAACUGCAAGGUAAUGAUGAAGAGAGAAUGGCCUGGGCAAUCCUGUUAGGCAGUGUGCAUGAGGAGGGUGUGGAGGAGGCUAGAAGAGAGGCAGACAGAUAAGAAAAGGUGCAGGAGGAGAAUAACAAUAUGACAUCCAAGCAACAGAACACAGCCUUGGUUCCUGACUGGCCAGGUCCAGUCCUCUGACAUUCAGCUUCAGCUAGGCUUUGUUCCCUAACCUUGGAUCACCAGCAACAUUGUUUUACAAUUGGUUGUAUCUUUACAAUAUUACCCUUUACCCGAAUAAGCCUGAGUAGUUUUCUCUACAUCUUUAGACAGACUCCAACCUACCGUAUAUAUUCCAAAGAAAAAUAUUCAGAUAGUCAAGGUUUAAAAAAAAAAAGUUAUUUAUUUUUAAAGGCAUUGAUAAAAAUCUUAACAUACUUACUAAGAAAGUUACAAUAUACAAAUGGGUUCAGUUGUGAUUUUGACAGAUUGACUUUCUGCACUGUGACCUUGAAUUUCUUUUAAUCACUCAUAUUUCCAUUGUUCAGUUAUUCAAACUGAUUAUUGCCUCAAAAUAGCUAACUGGUUAUUUAAGCAUGAGUCACAUGCAACAAGGGGAAAUGAUGACAUGCACCCAUCCAAGUGUUCAUGAAGAAAAUGAUGAAACUUCUGUUCACAUCGACCAGGGCACAUCAAUAUACCAUCCUCCUUGGGAGAGAGCUGCACCUGAAUCCGAAAGAUAAAAAGUCUACAUACAAUUAUGAAAUUUAAAAAUCUAUUUUCUUAUAAAAUCAUAAAGAAGAAAACAUAAAGCAACACAUGCAUCAUGGUAAAUAAAAUUAGAAUAAAAAUAUGCUAGUGUAAAAAACAAUACUAAUUUCAAUCUUUAUGGGAUAGUUAGAUAUUUAGGCAAAUUAAUUGUGAAAUUCAUUUGAAGGAAUAAAUGGGCAAGAGUAUUUUUUAAAAAAAUUCUUAAGGAGCACUGGUAUUUGAUCUGUCCUAACAGAAUUUAAAACAUAUUAAAAACAAUGAUCAAAAUUAUGUGUUUAAAAAAUAGUAAUUAGAACAAUACAAAACAACAUUCUAUAACUACAAUACAAUAAAACUAGAAAUUAAACCUAACUGAAAGUAAAAUUAACCUAAAAAUUAAUUAACUGAAAUUAAUUGAAAUUAACCUGAAAUUAAAACAUUUCUAGAGUUAAAAACAAAAUUUUGAAAUUUGGAAUAUCUAGAAAAUAAGAAUUCUACAGAAUACAACUAAAUUGUCAGAGAAAAAUUUAUGGUCCUGAAAUAUCCAUUUUAAUAAACAACAGAUAGGAAGAAAAUUUUUUAAAACUUCUAAGGAAAGCAGAAAGUGGAAAUUAAUCCCGAGUAUAUCAUCUGGACCCAAUGAACCCAAUUUUAAUUUUUGAGUUUUUUUUGGAUCUUAGUUCCCCAACCAGGGAUUGAACCUGGGCCAUGGAAGUGAAAGCACCGAGUCCUAACCACUGGACCACCAGGGAAUUCCCAAUUUUUGAGUUUCUUAUUCGAUCAGUUCUAACUAUUUGUCCUUACAUUCACAACUCACUCUUAGAGGUCUGCCAAAGAACAAAGAGAAAAUUUAUUUAUUAAAAAAAAUAAACAAAACUCCUAUCUUGCAAUUAUGCUGUAACUCUACUGGACUCUUUUAUAAAUCUACAAUACAGAAUCUUAGUGAUUUUACUAUCACUUACUUUUACUAUCACUUUUACUAUCACUUUACUUUUACUUAUCUUGAAACAUUUUGUUACUCUUCAUCCCAGGAUAUAUUUUAUUUUAACUCAUUGUGGUAGCCAGUCUUCAAGAUGGUCCCCAGUGAUUCCUGCCCUUGUCUAAUCCCCUCCAGUUGGCCGUGGGUUGCACUUACGUCAAAAGGAUAGAAAAAGGUGGAAGUGAUGGUGUGUGAUUCAGAGACUAAGUUAUAAAAGUACGUGUGGUGUUGCUCAUUCUGUACUGGAUCGCCCACUUUGGAGAAGCCAGCUAUCAGUUUGUGAGGACUCUCAGGCUGCCUAUGGAGAACGCCAGGUAGCAAGAGAGCCUCUUAACAACCAUCUGGGUGAGCCUGAAGCAGAUCCUCCAGCCCCAGUAGAACUGUGAGAUGACUAUUGCCUUGAGGCUGACGACCUGAUUUGCAGCCUUAGGAGAACCACCCACCUCAGCUGCCCCGCAUUCCUGACCCACAGAAACUAAAGAUAAAUAAAUAUUUGCUGUUUUAAGGUGCUAAAUUUUAGGGUAAUUUGUUACGUAGCAGUAGAUAAUACAUUCACCAGCGACCUCUAGCUAUGCAUAAGAAAAAAAAAAAGACUAAAAUAAGGAUGUGAAAGGAUGGAAUCACCUAAAAUGAUGAUGAAAUAAAUCAUUAGUAGUGAAAUAAAGCAUCACUAUUACACCAUCAUUCAGUUUUCUUAUUCUGUUGUCCAAAGUACUGGAUUAUCUUUCAAGAAGUUUUAAUGGAAGUAUGGAGAUACAAUCCUUGUAGUCUUUUUUUUUUUUAAAGCUUUCCCUGAACACAGUUGAGAAUUCAGACUUUUUCAUUUUCUGUCCAUAAUAGCAAAGAGAACAAAAUUGACAGAGAAAGUCAUUUCAAAAUUAUUAAAGCAAUUAGAAGAUGAAUGUAACGGGAUAGAGAGUAACAUCUAGGCCAGCGGCUGGAAAACUAUGGCCUAACAUAUUUACUAUCUAACCCUUUAAGAAAAAAAUUUUGAUCUUUAUUCUGGACUAAUAAUGGUGAAAUUGUUCAUAUAAGUAAAGUCUCAGAUGAUGAGUCUUCAGAUGACAUAUUCUACUUAGGUGAAUUUUCCCAAACUCAAGAAAUGAUAUACUUCUUUUUUUUUAAACUUUUAAUUUUAUAUUGGAGUAUAGUUGAUUAAUAAUGUUGUGAUAGUUUCAGGUGUACAGCAAAGUGACUCAGUUAUACAUAUACAUGUAUCUACUCUUUUUCAAAUUCUUUUCCCAUCUAGGUUGUUACAUAAUACUGAGCAGAGUUCCCUAUGCUACACAGUAAGUCCUUGUUGGUUAUCUAUUUUAAAUACAGCAGUGUGUACAUGUCAAUCCCAAGCUCCCUAACUAUCUGUUUCCCCCACCCUCCCCACCUGGUAACCGUAAGUUCAUUCUCUAAGUCUGUGAUCUGUUUCUGUUUUGUAAAUAAAGGAACUGAUAUAUUUCUCAGGACAAAAAAGAAAAUAUGGUAGUAUCAUUUAGUUAGUCCUUCAACAGGAAGGACUUCAUUAUAUAAUAUUUUAUGAUUAAAAACCUGAACCAUCCCAUUUUGCUAAAAGGACAUGUGACAAUAUUCUUUCAACUUUUAUAAUGCUUGUACACUAAAAUUCACUUACAGUUUGUGGACAGAUAUGGAAGACAGAUGUGUAUACAAAGUAAUUGGAAGGUAAUAAAUAUGUAGAAAUGAAAAACAAUAAGAUCAUUCUAACUAGUAUCUAUAAAAAAAAAAGAAAUGUUUUGCUAUUAGGCAACACAGAGGAUAGCUAUCAUCUGUCUAUCCAACAAAUAGAAGCUUUCAGAAGUACUGUUUUGACGAACCAAGUGCAUGAAGAAUCAAGGUAAUAAGCUAGAACAUAGCAGAGGUGCAUUUAAAAUUUAGAGUCAGUCGUGGAUGGAUGUAGAGACUGUCAUAUAGAAUGAAGUAAGUCAGAAAGAGAAAAACAAGUAUCGUAUAUUAACGCAUAUAUAUGGAACCUAGAAAAAUGGUACAGAUGAACCAGUUUGCAGGGCAGAAAUAGAGACACAGAUGUAGAGAACAAACGUAUGGACACCAUGGGGGAAA